AUGGCCGCCGCCACCACUUUCUGGGACUUCACCACCAAGGACAAGAAGGGCGCUGACAAGCCUCUGUCCGAAUACAAGGGCAAGGUCGUCCUCGUUGUCAACACUGCCUCCAAGUGCGGUUUCACUCCCCAGUUCGCUGGCCUCGAGAAACUGUACAAGGACAUCACUGCUGCCCACCCCGAAGACUUCGUCAUUCUCGGCUUCCCCACCAGCCAGUUUGCUAGCCAGGAGGGCAGCAACGAUGACAUCCAGGAGUUUUGCCAGAUCAACUACGGUGUCACCUUCCCCAUCCUAGCCAAGACCGAGGUCAAUGGCGAGAAGCCUGAGCCCGUCUGGGAGUGGUUGAAGAAUGAGCAGGCCGGUGUCCUCGGCAUCAAGCGUGUCAAGUGGAACUUCGAGAAGUUCCUCAUUGGCCGUGACGGCAAGGUCAAGGGCCGCUGGGCUUCUACCACCAAACCCGAGGCUCUUGAGAAGCAAAUCAAGGAGCAGCUUGCCGUCCCCAAGAAGGAAUAA